AUGCCUCAGGAUAUGCCGCCAAGUGGCGGCUACAACCCCGUCCAAUACAAGCGCAACCUACCCGCCCGUGGCUUCCGACCAGCCGCAUACCUCGUUGGAACAGCCGUGUUGAUGACAUAUGGAUUCUGGAGGGUUGGGCAGGGAAUCAGGGAGCACAACGAACUCGCGCGCGAGAAGAUGUGGGCACGGAUACACCUCAUCCCUGCGCUACAGGCCGAGGAAGACCGUGAUCAAGUACGAAGAUAUCUGGCGGAUAAGGCGAGAGAAAAAGAAUUGAUGGGCUCAGAUACGAGGGUGUACCACAGCGACCGAUUUGUCCGACCAACCUUUGCUGUCACACCAGAAAACGAGACCAAAUAG